UGCCAAAUCCUGGAGCGCAGCAGAGCCCCAGAGCAGAAGGAACAGGGCACUGUUUGCACAGCAUCUGCAUCACCCCGAGGCCUCAAGCAUCAGCACCUUAGUCUACAUUGUGGGAUUCAGGGAGAACAGCCUGAUCCAGCUGCCCUCAUUUGCACAGCGCAGCCCACAUCUGUGGAUAAGCCUCACAUCUCUGCAGUGAGCAGCACAGCCCCACCCUGGCUGCACUGGCUGCCCUUGGUGCAGCUGGAGGGAGCACUGCUGACAGGAUCCUUGCUCACCCAGGGGCUGAAGAGCAGGGACAGCACAGUGUGCAAGGUAAGGCAGAAACUUAAUCAAACACGUGGAUGUUUUCCCUCCCCCUCACCCUCUACCUCUACCUUUGCCCCUGCCUUGCAUUGUGCUCAGCAGACCUCUCCACCACCAUGUCGGGCAUCAGGGUACUGCUGCAGAAAAUCCUGAUCCUCCUGCAGGUUACUCUGUCUGUUGUGGUGGGCAAAACACUGAUGAUACUGUUCCCCAAUGCCAUGAAAAGAUAUAUCCUAAAGAUGGGCGAAAAGAGCAGAAUGAACAGGAAUCCAAAGUUCAGCUAUGAAAACUGGGGCCCCACUUUUUUCAGCUUCAAGUAUUUGCAGUUUGUGCUGAAGGUGAAGUGGAAGAGGCUGGAGGAUGAAGCCUACGAGGGACACCCUGCUCCCAACACGCCAGUGGUGACCCUCGGUGGGGAAGUUUGUCACCUCCUGGAUUUCAUGAAAGAUAACCGACCUUUAAUCCUGAACUUUGGAAGCUGCACCUGACCUUCAUUUAUGCUGAAAUUUGAUGAGUUCAACCAGCUUAUCAAAGAUUUCAGCUCAAUAGCAGAUUUCCUUAUCAUCUACAUUGAGGAAGCUCAUGCAGUAGAUGGAUGGGCUUUUAAAAACAAUGUCAUUAUUAAAAAUCACAGAAGCCUUGAAGAUCGAAAAAUUGCAGCACAACUUCUUCAGAAAAAUCACCCUCUGUGUCCAGUGGUUUUGGACACAAUGGAGAACCUGAGCAGCUCAAAAUACGCUGCGCUGCCAGAGCGACUCUACAUGCUGCAGGGAGGGAAGGUCAUCUACAAGGGAGGAGUGGGGCCUUGGAAUUACCACCCCCAGGAAAUACGUGCCAUCCUGGAAAAACUGAAAUAGAAAAAGAAGAGGACUUCAAAGCAAAAACUAUUUGGAUAAAGAAGUUCAAGAAUAGUAACUUACUACUCUUAUCCCACAUGCAGUAAUGUGGGAACUGGGUCCAUUGAGCUCUGGAUACCAACAUUUACACUUGUAAGGAAUAUCCUGCAGGAUGAAUUUCAGGGUGGUGACAUUUGCAGGAGGCCACUAGCAUGCAAAGCCAUUAUUUUACAUUACUAUAUACACAUUGCACUUGUGUGUAUAAAAUGUUCCCUUUCACUGACUUAGGAGGCUUCUGAGCAAGACAAUCUCUGUCAACAUCUGUUUCCAUGAAUAUUUGUUAUGAUGGUCCCAGCUUAAAGCACUGGUGGCUGUGACCUGAUUCUAGAAAAUAUUUAUAGAAACAAGGGGUUGAUCUACAAUUAUUAAAAGUCUAUCAAAACA